AUGUCGUUUCUCCCUAAGUAUGUAGGAUUUCAGAACCACACAGAAAGGAAGUACCUUCAAUACCUUACCCAUGGUUUUUUUAAGGGCAAUCUAUACUUCUCUUCUGAUCAAGCUUUGACCCCGUUUACAAAGUUCGAGAUUGAGCCCGACAAGAAUGGUAAAUAUUGGCACAUUAAAUGUUGCUACAACAACAAGUACUUAGCCUCUUCCAAUGACUACAAUCGCUUUGUUCGUCCCUUUGUUAGCAAGCCGAGUGAAAACGAUACCUCAUGGCCAUGCACAUUGUUUAAUAUCAUCCAAGGUCCUACUGUAGGGACUUACUAUUUAUUUGAUGUAUUGCUUCAAACCUAUGCAUGUCGAUGUACUAGUUGCAAGAAUCAUCCCAAUGUUCUCACAACUAGAUAUAAACAAGAUGAAAAACAUCAUGGCGACAAAUUACUUUUGUUAGUCGAUUUUGAAAACAUCAUCCGACUCCCUAAAUACGUCACCUUUAAGAACGGUGACAAGUUUCUCGCUGCCUAUCCUUAUAAUUACACCACAUAUUUGCAAUUCAAUGCCCACGACGUUGGAGACCCUAGGGUGAGCCAAGAAGUUUUCAACGUCGGCGAUGGAACUAUAAGAAUUAAGAAUGAAUCUACGAAGAUGUUUUGGAGACGUGACCCAAACUGGAUCAAGGCUGACUCAGACGACCAGACGGAGAACGACAAAAACACCUUGUUUUGGCCAAUCAAGAUUGCUAAAAAUAAAGUCGCGCUUCGAAACGUUGCCAAUGGCAUGUUCUGUAGGAAUUUAAGUGCUGAUGGUAAGUCGAACUUUUUGAACUCUAAUAUUGAUUCUAUCACACAGGAUGCAGAAUUGGAGAUCGUUGAGCCAAUUAUUUCAAGGGAAAUCUACAAUAUUCAAUACCGAACUAUGGAUGCGAGGAAAUAUGACGCACAAGUACUAACAAUGGCCGCGGAGGAGGCUAUCAACACGAGCCCAAAAGAGGCGAUUAUGACCGUAAGUUUGAGGUACCAAGAAGAAAAAUCUAAAACUUGGGAAUCUUCACUAACCAUAGGUGUGGGUAUAGAGACUUCCAUUAAAGCCGGGGUUCCUUCACUUUUUGAAACUGAGAUUAAAGUCAACUACACUUUUGAAGGUAGUUACAAAUGGGGAGAAACUAUUCAAGAAAGUAAAGAAGUAACUGGAACAUAUACUGUUAUUGUACCACCAAACACAAAGAUGAAAGUUACUCUUCUUGCAACUAAGGCCAAAUGUGAUAUUCCAUUUUCGUACACGCAACGAGAUCUUCUUCGGAAUGGAAGAAAAGUUGAGAGAGUGUGUGAUGAUGGUCUUUACACUGGAGUCUAUACCUUUAAUUUUAAUUAUCAAAGCAAGUCUCUCCCUCUCUGA